AUGGUGCUGCUUACGAACCAACAUUUUAUGGAUGAGCUCACGAAGCUGUUCCAAGCCAACAAGACAAAGGGCAGCGUGUGGAUCACCAUGAAGCGACAUGAGGAGAAGCCACCCAAGGAAAAGACUGCCGCCAAGGGUGCUGCCAAGCCCAAGCCCAGCACCGAACACGCCGCCGAUCCUGAGCCCAAGUGCUUGGUGCGAGCGACGAACGGAAAGGACAUCAAGAUCAGCACCGUCAUCAGGCACGAGCCCCGCUACGCGCGCGUAGCGUCGAAGGACGUGGUGCGCUUCCAGCUGGCGUUUGCGACGCUGACCAAGACCAACAUGGACGGCCUCAAGAAGAGAGAGCGAAAGGGCCGGAGGGGCAACCGCAAGAAGGUGCCCACCAAGCACGUCUAG